UAAAGGUGGGAAAGGAAGCGCUAGAGGGAAAACCGAAUAGAAAAAGAGGGAGGGAGGGUUUUCAAAAAAUUAAAAUAAAAAAAAAAGGGCAGAAAGAGAGGGAGCUAAGAGGAGAAAGAAAAUAAUGGAAAUAGAGGAAGAGAAGACAGAAGGCUUGAAAAUGGAAUGCGAAGGGGCAAUAGAGGAAAAUGUUGAUCUAGAAAGAGAAGGGAAAGAGGUGGGGGAAGAGAAUGAUGGCAGAAAAGAGCCAGUGGGCCUGCAAAUUAGGGAUUGUGGUGAACUGAUUCUGGGACCGAGGAAGUGUAGAAUCGUAGCGGAGCUGAAGAUGCAGCAACAACAACAGUCUAGGGUUGAAGAUGAGGAGGAGGAGGAGCUUGAAGAAGAGAAGAUUACGGGGGGAAGAAGAAAAAAGAGAAGGCGUCCUCGGGAAGUGUGUGGGAAGGAAUUUGUAGCUCAUGAAGCUUCAGGUGGCGAAUCUGAUGUGAUUAGUCGGAGGGAUGGCAGUAGCGAAAUCAAGAAGAGGCGAGGAAGAAAGCCAUCCAAAGGUUUAGUGAAACAGCAAGAAGAGAAUGAUGGGGUAGCUGGUGAGUUCUUUGAUAAAAAGGAGGAGGAACAGGAAGGAGUUGGCAAUAAGAAGAUUGAGAAAAAUGGGUCAGAAGGAAAAGAAGUAAAAGCAGAUGAAGAGGGGGUGACGCAAGAUAGGCGAACUCGUAGUGGUAACCGUACAUUACGAGAUAGGGUAGUUAAAAUAGAGGAAGCAGUACCCCAAGGGAGAAAAUUAAAAGAUGAAGAUGGUAUCUAUUUGUCCAACAUGUGUCAUCAAUGCCAGCGAAAUGACAAAGGAAGGGUCGUUCGGUGUACCAAAUGCAAGUCGAAAAGAUAUUGUGUUCCCUGCAUGACUAGAUGGUAUCCAAACGUUCCUGAAGAAUCUUUCGCUGAAUCAUGUCCUGUUUGUUGCAAAAAUUGCAAUUGUAAAUCAUGCUUACGAGUGGACCUGUCAACUAAGGAUGAUGAACUAAAGUUUGAAAGCACUGAACCAGAAAAGGUAGAGUAUGCAAAAUAUCUUCUAGGAACGCUUCUGCCUUUCCUGAAACAAUUCAAUGCAGAACAGAUGAUGGAGAAAGAAGUGGAGGCUAAACUUAAAGACUUGCCAAUAUCAGAGCUUAAGAUAGCAAGUGCUGAGUGCGAGAAGAAUGAGAGGAUGUAUUGCGACCACUGCAAAACUUCUAUUGUUGAUUACCACCGGAGCUGCCCCCAUUGUUUUUACGAUCUUUGUCUUAUUUGUUGUCGUGAAAUAAGAGACGGAUGUUUGCAAGGAGGUGAUAAGGGGAAGGUCCCAGAGUUCAAAGACCCGGGGGUUGAUUACUUGCAUGGUAUUGAAAAACCUAAAUCGAGUUCCGGCAGGCCCAGAAAUGCUACACGAAGUAGGUCUAAAGCUGAUGCGAAUAGUAAUUGCAUUGAAGUUGUAGAUAGUCUUGAGGAUCAUGUAAAGUUAGAUUAUGAAUGGAAACUUAAUGAAGAUGGUACCAUCCCUUGCCCUCCCCUUGAGCUGGGUGGUUGUGGUAAAGGGGCUUUGGAACUGAGGUCUGUAUUAGGGGAAAAUUAUGUGUCAGAGUUGUUUGAAAGAGCAGAAGGAUUGGCGAAGAAACACAAAGUUGCAGAUGCCAUUGAGAUUCCUCAGCAGUGCUGUUCUUGUUUGAAGUCCCCUUGCGAAUCCAGUUCUAACAGUUAUAACCUGAGGAAAGCAGCUUCCCGAGAAAAUUCUGAUGACAACUAUCUAUAUUGUCCAAAAGCAGUAGAAAUUCAGCCAAAGGACCAGAAGCAUUUUCAAUGGCAUUGGAUGAAAGGAGAACCUGUGAUUGUGAGGGAUGUCUUGGAAACUACAUUGGGUUUGAGCUGGGAACCGAUGGUUAUGUGGAGGGCUUGUCGGCAAAUAAAGAAUGUAAACCAUCCUCUUCUAUUGGGCGUGACUGCCAUAAAUUGCUUAGACUGGUGUGAGGUAGAUAUUAAUAUCCACAGGUUCUUCGAAGGUUACUCCCACGGGUUAGUUGAUGAUUAUGGAUGGCCACAGAUUUUAAAGUUGAAAGAUUGGCCUCCUUCCAGUUUUUUUGGGGAGCGUCUGCCUCGUCAUAAUGCAGAAUUUAUUAAUUCGUUGCCUUUUAAAGUGUAUUCUCAUCCUCAUAGCGGUGACUUAAACCUUGCGGUGAAGCUUCCAAAAGAAUCUCUGAAACCAGACUUAGGACCGAAAACAUAUAUUGCUUAUGGGGUUGCACAAGAACUUGGACGUGGGGACUCUGUCACAAAACUUCAUUGUGAUAUGUCCGAUGCGGUGAAUGUGUUGACUCAUACUGAAGCAUUUUCCCUCAAGCGUGAAACUCUUGAAAAAAUAGAAGAGUUGAAAAAGAAACAUGUCGCACAGGAUGAAAAGGAGCUCAAGAGAGAGGAAAAGACAUCCAAUAACAUGGUUGGAUCGGCAAUAGGACAUGUGCAAAAUAAUGAGAGAAAUGAUCACUUCACCGCUGGAACUGUUGAUAAUUCUUCUAUUGCCGUGGAGGUGGGUGUAACCUAUAAUGCUCAGACUGCGGACAUGGGUUUGCUAAGUACACCAGAAAUUAAUGAAACAGGGGUAAGUGCGAAACUGGAACAAGAAGUUAAGGAGGAAGUUGUUCAAGAAACUUCAAGCACUUUAGAAGGGUUUGCAGACAUGGAUAGUGGUGCUUUAUGGGACAUAUGGAGGAGAGAAGAUGUACCCAAAUUGGAACAAUAUCUCAUGAAACAUUUUAAGGAAUUCAGGCAUAUAUAUUGUCAGCCUCUUGAACAGGUGGUUCACCCAAUCCAUGAUCAAACUAUGUACUUAACCAUGGAACAUAAGAGGAGGCUUAAGGAAGAAUUCGAUGUGGAGCCGUGGACUUUUGUUCAAAGACUAGGGGAUGCUGUAUUCAUUCCUGCAGGGUGCCCUCACCAAGUACGGAAUUUGAAGUCGUGCAUAAAGGUUGCCCUCGACUUUGUUUCUCCCGAAAAUGUUGGUGAGUGCAUCCGCAUGACUGAGGAGUUUCGAGUACUUCCUCAAAAUCAUAGAGCUAAGGAAGACAAAUUGGAGGUGAAGAAAAUGACUGUUUAUGCAAUGCAAAAUGCCGUCGGUGCUCUGGAGAAAAAAAUUAGGUAAAAGCAAGGCAGAUGAAUGAGAUGUUUGUUAAGGCAAGACACUCGCUUGUGGUUUGAGUCACUCUGUAGAUGCUAUGGAACUUUUGGUAGGAUGUGUAUGCCGCCUAAAAUGGACUACGUUUGUAAAAUUGUAAGGAGCUAAUAUCAUUUUAGGUCUACUAAUGAAAGUACGGCUCCCUUACGUUAAGUAGUUGUCUUGUUUGUAGUUGUAGUAACAGACUAGCUGGGGCAUAAUUUCCAUGCAAUAGAUGUAUGUUUUGGUUGACAAUAUGUAUGCUCAGAGGAAUCAAUUUCCACGAAGCAUAUCAGCAAUCAUUGUCAUUGGUGAAAGUAAAGUGCCUUUCAGGGCCAAUGCUUUCAAACAAUUUCUCAAAGCUUGGAGCAUUAGGAUCUCUGCGAACGCUUUCCUAGAGUACUCCUUUCCUCGAUGGCAUUGGACUCCGGACACUUUUACAUGAACCAUUUUACUCAAAUUCUAAAGUUUACUUCUGUUGAAGCUCAUGUACUCGGAAAACAUUUUUGUGACAUACUUUUUCCGGUCAGUCGAAUAAGUUAAAAUUGUACCAUAACAAAUAUAGUAUUGGACGGCAUGGAGUAUUUAUUAGUUUUUUUUUUUUUUUUGAAAGGAGUAUUAAGAGCAACUGAGAUUAUUCCAAGAGAAGAAACGAGCAUAUAAUAGGUACACUUUUUUUUUUUUUUUUUGGAUUAUAAACACAACUUCCUCUGCCAAAAUUCAAAAACCAAUCCCCAUUCAAAUAUUCACCCG